AAAAAAGGAAAACAGUCCGUGAUAGCGAUAUAUAAAGAAGGACAGUAUGACUGCUGCUCUCUCUACAACUUGAGAAUUCACGCUAAGAGCCCUGUCAUACCAUCAGACAGAGAAAUCCAUCCGCAGCUGUCGGUAUGGUGGGUCUAAAGCCAUCUGAUGUUCCACCUCCUCUUGGAGUAAAAGUUCUGAGUGCAGGAACAGCCGCCUGCAUUGCUGAUUUAGUCACGUUUCCUCUGGACACAGCUAAAGUUCGCCUGCAGAUCCAGGGAGAGAAAGUCACGACAGGAGCAGCUAAGGGCAUCCGGUACAGGGGCGUGUUUGGGACCAUCAGUACCAUGGUGCGAACGGAGGGGCCACGCUCGCUCUACAACGGAUUAAUAGCUGGACUACAGAGACAGAUGGCUUUUGCCUCUAUACGAAUCGGCUUGUACGACAGCGUUAAGAGCUUCUACACAAGGGGCAAAGACAACCCCAAUGUGGGCAUCAGGAUCUUAGCUGGCUGCACCACAGGGGCCAUGGCCGUUUCCAUUGCGCAGCCCACUGACGUGGUGAAGGUGCGUUUCCAGGCCCAGAAAAACCUGCAGGGUGUGGGACGUCGCUACAACGGAACCAUGAAAGCUUACAGACAAAUAUUCCAGCAGGAGGGUCUUAGAGGGUUGUGGAAAGGAACACUACCCAACAUCACAAGAAACGCCCUGGUCAACAGCACAGAACUCGUGUCCUAUGACCUCAUCAAGGAAGCAAUUCUUAGACACAAACUAAUGUCGGACAAUCUGCCAUGCCAUUUCACAUCUGCGUUUGGAGCCGGUUUCAUCACGACAGUGAUCGCGUCCCCGGUCGAUGUGGUAAAGACUCGAUACAUGAACUCUCCUCCUGGUCAAUACAAAAGCUCAAUCAAUUGUGCCUGGACUAUGAUGACUAAAGAGGGUCCCACUGCCUUUUACAAAGGGUUCGUUCCCUCUUUCCUGAGGUUGGGCUCCUGGAACGUGGUGAUGUUUGUAUCGUUCGAGCAACUCAAGAGAGCCAUGAUGAUGUCCAGAAACAGGAUCGAGGCGGCCACAUAGAUGUUUAAAUCAGAAAUCCCACUUUUAAACCCAAAGACUUGUAACCUCUCUAGAUGACUGGAGUGGAAUUUGACUUCUAAGUAUUUCAUUCAGAUUUGGAAGUUUAAUAGCCAACACAACAAGGAUGCUGAUAACUAGCCUAUUUUUUCAGAGCAUUUUUUAUGUAAAUGUAUUCCUUAUUCUGAAAACCACUUUAAUAUAAGAACUAAUUCUUUAAACGCACAAAUUUACAUAUAUCCUCUGUUCCUGAUGUUAAUGUACAUAAUGUUCAUGUAAUAUUUAUGUUUCCUCUUUUUUUUUAUUAAUCCGUUCUACAGAGCUGUUUACUGCACCAUUUAUUUGUUAUUCCCUGACAUGACUAUGACCUAGGAAGUGAGACCGUCUCAAUUCUGGAAACCAGAACCGCAUACACAUGUAAAACAAGUUUAGUCAACUUUAUUGUGAAUAUGGAAUGUUAAAAUGUUGUGUGUGUACAACAUUGAGAUUUUAUUUUUCUCUAUAAAAUCUAAACAUUAUGAAAUGCUUGCUUUCAUAUUGACAGCUCUUGCAAAUUUGCGAUAUUAUUUUGGGACUAUUAUGUGCUGUCUAAAUGAGAUCUUAAAUGAGAUGGUUUGUUCUCCUUGCCCAAGUAUAUACAGCGGGUAAAAUAAAUAUUGAACAACACGUCA